CCCCGGCCGUGGCGGCGCCCAGCGUCUCGGCCCACACCGGCCCGCGGGCACCUCAAGGCGGCCAGCGUGAUGGCGGAGAAGGCGCUGGAGGCCGUGGGCUGUGGACUGGGGCCCGGGGCCGUGGCCGUGGCGCUGGAGGACGGGGCGGAGCCGCCGGUGCUGACCACGCACCUGAAGAAGGUGGAGAACCACAUCACCGAGGCCCAGCGCUUCUCCCACCUGCCCAAGCGCUCAGCCGUGGACCUCGAGUUCGUGGAGCUGUCCUACUCCGUGCGCGAGGGGCCCUGCUGGCGCAAACGCGGUUAUAAGACCCUCCUCAAGUGCCUAUCAGGUAAAUUCUGCCGCCGGGAGCUAAUUGGCAUCAUGGGUCCCUCAGGGGCUGGCAAGUCCACACUCAUGAACAUCUUGGCGGGAUACAGGGAGUCUGGGAUGAAGGGGCAGAUCCUGGUCAACGGGAGGCUGCGGGAACUGAGGACCUUCCGCAAGAUGUCCUGCUACAUCAUGCAGGACGACAUGCUGCUGCCACACCUCACGGUGUUGGAAGCGAUGAUGGUGUCUGCUAACCUGAAGCUGAGCGAGAAGCAAGAGGUGAAGAAGGAGCUGGUGACGGAGAUCCUGACAGCACUGGGCCUGAUGUCCUGCUCCCACACGAGGACAGCCCUGCUCUCCGGCGGGCAGAGGAAGCGCCUGGCCAUCGCCCUGGAGCUGGUCAACAACCCACCUGUCAUGUUCUUCGAUGAGCCCACCAGUGGUCUGGACAGCGCCUCCUGUUUCCAAGUGGUGUCCCUCAUGAAGUCCCUGGCCCAGGGAGGCCGAACCAUCAUCUGCACCAUCCACCAGCCCAGUGCCAAGCUCUUUGAGAUGUUUGACAAGCUCUACAUCCUGAGUCAGGGCCAGUGCAUCUUCAAGGGCACGGUCACCAGGCUGAUCCCCUACUUGAAGGGCCUUGGCUUGCACUGUCCGACCUACCACAACCCCGCCGACUUCAUCAUUGAGGUGGCCUCCGGCGAGUACGGGGACCUGAACCCCAUGCUGUUCCGGGCUGUGCAGAAGGGGCUGUGUGCCAUGACCGAGGAGAAGGGCAGCCUGGAGAAGAACGAGGUCUCCAGCCCCUGCCCCCCUUGCCGCCCGGAAGUGGAUCCCAUUGAAAGCCACACCUUCGCCACGAGCACCCUCACCCAGUUCUGCAUCCUCUUCAAGAGGACCUUCCUGUCCAUCCUCAGGGACACGGUCCUGACUCACCUGCGGUUCACGUCCCACGUGGUGAUCGGCGUGCUCAUCGGCCUCCUGUACCUGCACAUCGGCGACGACGCCGACAAGGUCUUCAACAACACCGGCUGCCUCUUCUUCUCCAUGCUGUUCCUCAUGUUCGCGGCUCUCAUGCCCACCGUGCUGACCUUCCCCUUAGAGAUGGCAGUCUUCAUGCGAGAGCAUCUCAACUACUGGUACAGCCUCAAGGCGUACUACCUGGCCAAGACCAUGGCCGACGUGCCCUUCCAGGUGAUGUGCCCAGUGGUGUAUUGCAGCAUCGUGUACUGGAUGACAGGCCAGCCCGCUGAGACCAGCCGCUUCCUGCUCUUCUCGGCCCUGGCCACGGCCACGGCCUUGGUGGCCCAGUCUUUGGGGCUGCUCAUUGGCGCCGCCUCCAACUCCCUGCAGGUGGCCACGUUUGUGGGCCCAGUGACCGCCAUCCCUGUCCUCUUGUUCUCCGGUUUCUUUGUCAGCUUCAAGACCAUCCCCACGUACCUGCAGUGGAGCUCCUACCUCUCCUAUGUCAGGUACGGCUUCGAGGGCGUGAUUCUCACCAUCUACGGCAUGGAGCGAGGGGACCUGACCUGCUCGGAGGAGCGCUGCCCGUUCCGGGAGCCGCAGAGCAUACUCCGCGCGCUGGAUGUGGAGGAUGCCAAGCUCUACAUGGACUUCCUGGUCCUGGGCAUCUUCUUCCUGGCCCUGCGGCUGCUGGCGUAUCUUGUGCUCCGCUACCGGGUCAAGUCGGAGAGAUAGAGCCGCGCCUGGGCCUGUGCCAGCCCCCGCCGCCGGAAGCCCCCGCCCCAGCCCUCUGGGGCUGUUUUAACCUUGUGGACUUGGGCACUGGUUCCUGGUGCACCGCUGCCCCCAUCAGCUCUUCCAGGGGCUGUCUGUCUGUCUGUCUGUCUGUGCUCCCAGCCUUGGCCCUUGGAGUGAGGGCUGCAGCCCUCCCUGCCGCGCCCAGGAGUCUUCCCGGGUAGAAGUGGUUUGUCCCUUCCUCCCUUGUCUCUCCGACACCCGCAUGCGAACACCAUUCGAAGGCUGCCACCCCCUUCCUGCCCUUGGUGCCCUCCUCUGUUGUCUGCCGGGAGCCCUGGGCUCUCCAGGCUCCCAAGUCCAACUAACCAAAGUGGCCCCCUCUGGGGUUCCCAACCACCUACGUGUUUGUAGACUGAGCAGUGAGAAGGUUGGGACUCAGGGCUGGGCCCUGGUGGGUCCCUGGAGGUUUCCUUUGGACACUGGAAUGCAGUGGGGAAGGACUCUGGAGUCUCCUUCUCCUCACCCCCCAAGCCCAGACCCUCGCUGGUCUGGACAGUCUGCUGGUACAGAAGCUGGGUUUCUGUCUGGGUCACCCUCCCAACCCCGGAGCCCUGGGAGGCAGCUUCCCAGCGCCUUCGCGGGGGCGGCUGGGGCUCCUCUGCAAUAAUGUCUGUUUCUCCCCCACCUGCCACGGGGCCGGAGAAUGCACUUUACUCGGGGGGUGAGUGGGAGAAGACCGCCUCCUUUCUCGUGCUCCUAUGCAGGCCCUCAACGCCCCCUCCCUUCUCAGGAGUUACACGCGAACCUGCAAUCUCAGCCCACACGCCUCGCUGUCCCCGAUGGCUCGGAGGAAGGGUGCAUGGUGGUGGGUGCUGCGGGGGGGCAGUGCCAACUCCUCCGGGGCACCUCGCUUUGCCCGGAAGGGCGAGGCUGGUGCUGUCCCGGGCAUCUCCCGGAUUGGUCGAUGUCUGCCCCCUUCUUCCUUCCAGCCAGGGGUGCACAGGGCAUCGGUUCCCUGGUGUUCAGGACCAGACUAAGCACAAGCGCGAGCAUCAGGGGCCUUGGCCACUGCCCCGCCCUUCUUGUGUGUGGAGCUCCACCCCUCCCCCUCCGUUUGCUGCUCAUUCGAACCCUUGUCCACAUCUCUGCCCCCUUCCCAUCAACCGUCUGGCUUUCCUGGGGGGUCCAGGCUCAUGCCCCUUCCCUGGGGUUCUUCUCCUUUAUUGCUGAGCACCUGCCUCUCUGCCCACCCCCACCCCGCCACGGAUUUCCCCCUCACGCGGAGACGCCAGUUGUCUUUGUGGGAUUUCACCCAUUAUUAAUAAAACCUAUAUUUAUACAGUA